UCUGUGGUGGCGGUGGCGCUGCUUCAUCCUCCGUGUUCUCUUCCGUGCCCGUGGGCGUCGAGGUCCUGCUUCCAUCUGCCCCACGGACGACCACGGGAGCCCCAGCGGCCUCUCGGAGCGCCAGCCCGAGCCCCGGGCCGGUCCUCAGAAGAAGUCAGCCAUGUCUACAGAGUCGAACAAGAAGCGGAAACCCAAAGUGAUCCGAAGUGAUGGAGCCCCCCCGGAGGGAAAGCGUAAUCGGAGCGAGCUCGACUUGGACAUGAAAUACUAUAGCGAGGAGGCUGAGGUGGACGUUCGAGACCCCAACAAGGACUAUGACCUCUACAGGUUCACCUGCCACGAACUCCAGCGACUCAUGGCUGAAAUCCAAGAGCUCAAGAGCAGAGGCAGCAGGGACAGUGCUUCCGAAAUAGAAGAGAGGAGGAUCCAGAGCUGUGUUCACUUCAUGACCCUGAAGAAACUGAACCGGCUGGCUCAUAUCAGACUGAAGAAGGGGCGAGAUCAGACUCAUGAGGCUAAGCAGAAGGUAGAUGCCUAUCACCUCCAGCUCCAGAACCUGUUGUAUGAGGUGAUGCACCUGCAGAAAGAGAUCACCAAGUGCCUCGAAUUUAAGUCAAAGCAUGAAGAAAUUGAGCUGGUAAGUAUGGAAGAGUUUUAUCAGGAGGCCCCUCCUGAGAUCAGCAAGUCUGAGAUCACCAUGGGGGACCCUCACCAGCAGACCCUUGCUCGCCUCGACUGGGAGCUGGAGCAGCGGAAGAGGUUGGCAGAAAAGUAUAAAGAUUGUCUGGCCAAUAAAGAGAAAAUCCUGAAGGAGAUUGAAGUCAAGAAAGAAUACCUGAGCAGCCUUCAGCCUCGGCUUAACAGCAUCAUGCAGGCCUCACUCCCCGUGCAGGAGUACCUCUUUAUGCCGUUCGACCAGGCGCACAAGCAAUAUGAGACUGCCCGCCACCUUCCCCCACCCCUCUAUGUGCUGUUUGUGCAGGCCAGUGCUUACGGUCAGGCGUGUGAUAAAAAAUUGUCUGUGGCUAUAGAGGGCAGUGUGGAAGAAGCCAAGGCCCUGUACAAACCCCCCGAGGAUUCUCAAGAUGACGAGAGCGACUCAGAUGCUGAGGAGGAACAGACCACAAAACGUCGACGCCCCACCCUGGGUGUUCAGCUGGAUGACAAGCGGAAGGAGAUGCUCAAGAGACACCCGCUGUCUGUCAUGCUCGACCUCAAGUGCAAAGAUGACAGCGUGCUCCAUCUGACGUUUUACUACCUCAUGAACCUCAACAUCAUGACUGUGAAGGCCAGAGUGAGCACUGCCACAGAGAUUGUCACUCCAGUCAGCGCAGGUGACCUGCUGUCUCCUGACAUGAUCUUAAGCUGCCUGUAUCCUGGGGAUCACGGCAAGAAGACCCCCAACCCAGCCAACCAGUACCAGUUUGAUAAAGUCGGCAUCUUGACCCUGAGCGACUAUGUGCUUGAACUGGGGCACCCCUACUUGUGGGUGCAGAAGCUGGGGGGCCUGCACUUCCCCAAAGAGCAGCCACAGCACACGGUGACCGCGGACAACUCGCUGAGCGCCAGCCACAUGGAGACCACCAUGAAGCUGCUGAGGACGCGGCUGCAGGCCCGCCUGGCUCUCACCAAACAGUUUGCUUCAUUGGAGCACGGCAUUGUGCCGGUCACCAGUGAGUGCCAGCGCCUUUUCCCUGCAAAAAUCGUGUCCCGCCUCGUGAAGUGGGUGGCAGUUGCCUAUGAGGACUACCUGAAUCUGCCUUACACCCGGGACAUUGCAGAGGCUGGGCUGGCGGAGGACACACACCUGUACUACCUGGCGCUCAUCGAGAGAGGGACAGCCAAGCUUCAGGCGGCUGUGGUGCUGAACCCAGGCUACUCCUCCAUCCCACCCAUUUUCCGACUUUGUCUGAACUGGAAAGGAGAGAAGACAAGCAGCAAUGACGAUAACAUUCGGGCCAUGGAGAGCGAGGUCAGCGUGUGCUACCGGGAGCUUUAUGGCCCCAAGCCUGGCCAUCAGCUCCUGACCAAUCAGCUGCAGCGCUUGUGCGUUCUGCUCGAUGUCUACCUGGAGACGGAGAGCCACGAUACCAGUGUGGAAGGGCCCAAGGAAUUCCCCCAGGAGAAAAUGUGUCUCCGCCUGGUCAGGGGGCCCAGUCGGAUGAAGCCCUUCAAGUACAACCAUCCACAGGGAUUCUUCAGCCAUCGUUGACCAGCAGACCACCUUCCAUCCGUCCAUCCGUCCGUCCAUCAAGCAUCCAGCAGGGUUCCAGAAGAACCAGCAGUGGGUGGGCACGAGGCUUCCAUACCACGGGCGUGACUUGUGUGCUUCCCCAGGUCUUCUCAAGUCAAUUUUGUAUUUUUAAUGUAUUAAAUAUGUCCCUGGGUGAAGCGA